AUGGUGACUGAGGCCACAGAAGCGCCUUCCAGCGAUGGAAAAUUACCGAUACAUCUGCCAAAUUCCGUUCCUUUCUGGCGAUUGGUAGUCAGUCCUGGUGUAGUUACCCAAGAAGUUUUUGAUCAUCAUUAUGAAGGAUCUGGUACUGAGGAGGACCCAUACGCUGUCACAUGGAUGCCACAGGACUUUCGAAACCCCAUGCAGUUCAAGCCAUCUAUGAAGUGGGGUAUAACAGUAGUAGCGGCUUUGGAGACACUUGUGGUGGCGUUGGUAUCAAGUGCAUUCACAGGUGGUCUCGUAGAAAUCGAGGAACAAUUUCUGAUCACAACAGAAAUCGCAACCUUGGGAGUCUCACUUUAUGUCCUUGGAUUUGCAUUAGGUCCGUUAUUGUGGGCACCUAUGAGUGAGCUGUUUGGUCGACAAAUCGUCUUUAUCAUUGCAUAUGGUGGUUUAACGGCUUUCUGCGCUGGCUCGACUGGCUCAAAAAACAUUCAGACUCUUCUCAUUCUUCGCUUUUUUGCCGGUGCCUUCGGCUCAUCCCCACUCACAAACUCCGGUGGUGUAAUUGCUGAUAUGUUCACGGCACGCCAACGAGGGCUGGCCUCUGCAGCAUUCGCUCUGGCCCCUUUCCUGGGUCCUGUAAUCGGGCCUAUUAUUGGUGGAUUCUUAGGUAUGACAGAAGGAUGGAAAUGGGUUAUGGGUCUACUCUCCAUCCUCUGUGGGGUGUUUUGGUUCCUGGGAGCCGCGUUAAAACCAGAAACCUAUGGCCCCGUCCUUCUCCGCCAGCGUGCCAAAACCCUCUCGAAUUUAACUGGCAUGGUCUAUAUUAGUAAGCCUGAUAUUGAACAAGGUCGGCCCAAACUGUCAGCUUCCAUCAAGGCUUCAUUAUCUCGGCCUUUUGUCCUUCUUUUCAUGGAGCCGAUCGUUCUCCUACUCAGUAUCUAUCUCGCCAUCAUUUAUGGUACGCUUUAUAUGCUCUUUGGAGCUUUCCCGAUUGUUUUCAUGGAGCACAGAGGCUGGAACCAAGGCGUCUCGAGUCUCGCCUUCCUUGGAGUUAUGAUAGGCAUGUUAUUGGCUCUCGCCUACUCGAUCCCAGAUAAUAAACGUUAUAGCAAAUGCGAAGAUAAGAAAGGAGGAUAUGCGCCACCCGAGGACCGUCUUCCUCCAUGCAUGAUAGCAUCUAUUGCCCUCCCUGUUGGUCUAUUCUGGUUCGCUUGGACUAAUUCCCCCGAAAUCCACUGGAUGGCCAGCAUUGCCGCCGGUGUGCCAUUUGGAUUUGGAAUGGUUCUGUGCUUCCUCAGCAUAUUUAGUUAUCUGAUUGACUCCUACACCAUCUUUGCCGCAUCUGUACUCGCUGCAAACUCUCUCCUUCGAUCUCUGUUCGGCUUUGCCUUCCCUCUUUUCACUGAGCAAAUGUUCAACAACUUGGGAAUUCACUGGGCCUCCAGCAUCCCAGCCUUCCUAGCCCUGGCCUGCGUACCGUUUCCCUUCGUCUUAUACAAGUACGGUCACAUCAUCCGAAAACACUGCAAAUAUUCAGCAAAAUCGGAAGCAUUCGUUCAAAGCCUUCUCCAAAGUAUGGCGAAGGCCAAAGCACCAGAAUCGGCUGAAUCUAAACUGGUAAUGUCCACAGCUACCACUAACGUCCCCGAGAUACCCGAAGAAGCGAGAAGCGUAAGCGCAUAUUCCGAAACUGACGAUAAUGAAAAUUCAAACGAGAUUGAUGGCGGGUCUCUACACCGGACCAUUACUCAUGACAGUCAUUCAUCUAAGACUUCUAAGCAUUCCAAGCAUUCCAAGCACUCAAGGCGCGAGCACACGUCGGGUGAAUUACAUCGCGUUCCUACUUAUGAAGGAAACCCAUAUGAUCUGGAUCUCGUGAACACACGCGACUCCUUCUAA